CUCUGAAGCCACAACUGUGCUGUCCUGCCUGAGGGUCUCAGUUUCCUCUCAACUAGUCUUUGCUAUGCUGCUGCUCCAGCGGGGACAUCUCAAACCUAACUUGACCGGUUGCACUUUAGAAUAUACAAGUUUGGGCUCAGAGCCCUCCUCUGGGCUUCUGUUACCUCACAUUGGUCACUGCCCACCCUAUAAAGAAGUGACGUGGAUGGGCAGGGACAGGAUUACUCCUCUCUGUAUGCAUAGGGUCCAACCCAAGGACUUUGGAUGGGGUGGGAGGCCUAGGUCAGCUGGGGUUUGGGACUGAGCCAGGAGCCAGAUCCUGCUGAAUGGAGAUGUCCCUUUAACACUGGCCUGGAUCCCAUGCAUGGCUGUUCUGCCUCCUGUUCAGCUGCGGCUGAAGCUGCCCUGCUGACUCACGCACUAGUGACCAGCAGGAACGGGGAACAUGGCUUCUGCCGCGGCGGCAGCACUCGUGGGCUGGGGGUUUCUGGAUUACAAAACCGAGAAGUAUGUGAUGACCAGAAACUGCCGGGUGGGUGUCUCUCAGAGGCUGCUGCAGCUGGGAGUGGUGGUCUACGUGAUAGGGUGGGCCCUCUUGGCCAAAAAAGGCUACCAGGAAUGGGACGUGGACCCCCACAUUUCUGUCAUCACUAAACUCAAAGGGGUUUCUGUAACCCAGAUUAAGGAACUAGAGAACCGGCUAUGGGAUGUGGCUGACUUUGUGAAGCCAUCACAGGGAGAGAAUGUGUUCUUCCUGGUGACCAAUUUCCUCGUGACACCAGCUCAAGUCCAGGGCAGAUGCCCAGAGCACCCUUCCGUUCCUCUGGCUAACUGCUGGGAAGACAAGGACUGCCCUGAAGGAGAGACAGGAACGUACAGCCAUGGCAUAAAAACGGGUCGGUGUGUGAUGUUCAACGGAACCCACAGAACCUGUGAGAUCUGGAGCUGGUGCCCGGUGGAGAGUGUUGCUGUGCCCAGGCAACCCCUGCUAGUUCAGGCCAAGAACUUCACACUUUUCAUCAAAAACACUGUCACCUUCAGCAAGUUCAACUUCUCCAAAACCAACGCCUUAGAUACCUGGGACAGCACCUAUUUCAAGCAUUGUCGCUAUGAUCCUCAUUCCAGCCCAUACUGCCCAGUGUUCCGCAUCGGGGACCUUGUGGCCAUGGCUGGAGGGGACUUCGAGGACCUGGCAUUGCUGGGUGGCGCUGUGGGCAUCAGCAUCCACUGGGACUGCAACCUGGACACCAGGGGCUCUGGCUGCUGUCCCCAGUACUCCUUCCAGCUGCAGCAGAGAGGGUACAACUUCAGGACAGCCAAUCACUGGUGGGAAGCCUCGGGUGUGGAGGCCCGGAGCCUGCUCAAGCUCUAUGGGAUCCGCUUUGACAUUCUUGUCACUGGGAAGGUAAAGUUUAGACCAGGGGAGGUUUGGGAGGACAGCCCCAGCCGCAGAGGCUCAGCCCAGGUCUCUCAGGCAGGGAAGUUUGCACUCAUCCCGACGGCCGUCACAGUGGGCACAGGAGCAGCUUGGCUGGGCAUGGUCACCUUCCUCUGUGACCUGCUGCUACUGUAUGUGGAUAGAGAAGCCGGUUUCUACUGGAGGACCAAGUAUGAAGAAGUGAGUGGUGGGCCUGCUUGUGUCCCAGAGCUGAAGUCACUCUGCCUGAACACUGGGUUCUGCCACACUUUGGGGGACGUUACCUUGAUCCCUAAGCUGUUAUCUUUGUAGGCAAAAGCUCCAAAGACAACCAUCAACACUGCAUAGACCGAGCUGGCGUCCACACCUGCAAAUCCUGCUGCCCAGUGUCUCAGUAGUGACUUGCACCUGCCCCGUGUCUG